GGCCGACCAACCUUGCCCUUACUUACCCUCCUCUCCUCACCUCUACUACUCUUCCGUUCCACUGCAAGCUUGCCGUUUACGUCUGGCUGAUUAUGCUGCUGUGAUUACCCGUCGUCGUCUCCGUCCGCCGUGCAAUUCCCAUUUGGCGCGCUACUUUCAGAUGGCGAUUUAGAGAGAUGACUACUGUCGACCAUCUCCGCCCUGACGACGAUAUCUACGAUCCGGACGAUGUUGGACAGCACUCUCCUCCCUUCAAACCCGUGAAAUUUAACCUUGCACCCUCGCCCAGUCCCCCGCCGACCGUUCCAAUCCCCUCAGAUAGUCCCGAAUCGAGUCCAGGCUCGCCGAGCCGCAAAGGUCCUUCUCGACCGAAGUAUCACCCGAGCCAGGGCGAUGCGGUCUUGGUGUCAUUCAUGGCUGGAGGAAAACAUUCUGAUAUCGCGCGCGACGCGGGACAGCAGCCACUGGCUUCUGACAAUGAGGCGACGGAAGAUCAACCGAUGAAGGGAGGGGUCGCCGUGACGGUGGAAGAAAAGGAGGAGGAAGACGACGACGACGACGAGGUUGUGACUGAGGACGAGGAAAUGACGGAGAAGGAAGUCGCAGAAGAUGAAGUGCAGGUAUCAAAAGAGGCAGAAAAGGAGACUCCUGCGACGAAUGCGACGACGAAUACUACUGAAGUUCCUGCCGCAGAGGAAGGACGAUCCUAUUUGACUGCGCUUGCUGCUGGAGCUCUAGCUCAUACCGAGGAUGUCACUGCAGAAGUGCCUCAAAAACAGGCCGCUACGGAUGGUGGUUCAGCAUCCAAAGCGUCGCCACCUCAACCUGAAGCGGAUGCGAUGGAAGGCGUCAAACCGACAAUACCUUCAAUCACAACUUUAUACGUUGAUGGGGAAGGUGCGCGCUCUCCAGACGAGGCGGCUAUCAAACGUGAGGGUCCAGCCGCUCCCGUUGGACCUGGAGAAUUACCCCCAAUUCUUCACACUAUAGCACAAUCUGGUCUCACAAAUGGGAAUGGGUCUAGUCAAAUAACGCUACCAUCUAUAUCUGAUCAGCUUGGAGACAUCAAUCACCUUCCAGAGCCUCCAUCUGCUAGCAACUCUGCCUUCUCACAGUCUCCGCCUGGAAGACCGCCUCCUCAAUUUGCAGCUGUACCUGGUCAUGGAUCUCCACCGAAGUCACCAAAUGAUACCUUCCCACGGAGAGAGCUGCCGUCACCGGGUAGGGGACAUUUCUACUCUUUUGCCAACCACCACCGGAGACCAUCACAGACCGAAGGUCAUCAAUAUACCAGCCCAGAUUAUAGCAGUAGUAAUACUGAGACACCGAGCACUGAUCAGUCCGGCUCAACCCCUGCGAUUAUGGGGAUUGAUCGUAUGAGCAUUGAUGGCAUCACUAAUCCACAGAUUGGUGGGUUUCAGUGUACCUACCCUGGAUGUACUGCACAACCGUUCCAGACGCAAUACCUUCUUAAUUCUCAUGCCAACGUCCAUUCUUCGAAUCGACCACAUUACUGUAGCGUAAAGGGCUGUCCCCGAAGUGAAGGAGGUAAAGGCUUCAAGAGGAAGAAUGAAAUGAUUAGGCACGGGCUGGUGCAUGAUUCGCCUGGUUAUGUGUGCCCGUUUUGUCCAGACCGAGAACACAAGUACCCAAGACCCGACAAUCUUCAGAGACACGUCAGGGUACAUCACGUGGAUAAGGAUAAAGACGACCCUCAACUAAGGGAAGUGCUUUCGCAGAGACCAGAAGGUCCAAGCAGGGGCAGACGGCGGCGGGGCGGUACUUCAUAAAAUUAUCCAUUCACCCCUCGGGUAAGGCUCUGCGAACGGUUGCCAACUGAGCCGCCCUCGACAGGGUUAUGAAAGAUACGGAGAAAAUAUAUGGGCCAUAGGUUGGUUGUUGCUGUGCACAUCUGUGGAUUUACUGGCGUUAUACGAAAGGCGUCUUGUCACAAGGGCGGAUAUCACAUUCAUGAGCUACGAUUUGGAGUUUCUGGAGCAUGGUGGCUACCUUAUACCAAAGAAGACGGUGCUUCGCUAGCGUGGGUGGCUUGGGGCUUCAUACUGACUGUCGUUGACUGUGGGUAGCAUUCUUAGGAUUCGUGUUUAUACCUUUUUCUGAUCACAAAACUCACCUUUUGUACGGUUUGUGC